AUGUUGCAACUGAAACCGCACAAAAGGGGGGUGCAGUUUGGGAAAAUUUGCCGGACUUUUUAUUUUGCUUUAAUGUGAUAAUACCAAAAGGUAAGCUUGUAGGUCUGUUUAGGGGGUUUUAUUUGGUAAAAUUAAUUUUUAGAAAAAGUAGGGCCCCCCUUUUCUACCCUUUCCACCAUUUUUAGAGAUGAGUAUGUGGGGUGCGUGUGCGGGUUUCGUGUGUUUUGGUGGUUUUGUGGGUUUUGGUGUUGUGUGGGAUAAUUCUUAUUUCAGGUAGCAGUUCCCCCCUUUGAUGAUAAAACGUGGUUUUUUUUUGAAAAAAGAAAAAAAGGCCCCCCCCAAAGAUAGUGGCUUUAAAUUGGUUGGGGUAAAAAAAUGGCCCCCCGUUCCUUAUAGUGCAGUUUUCUUUCCCGAGUCAGGUCUAUAGUAGUGCAAUAUAGGGAAUAGGGUGCCAUUGGGAGUAGUAGGAGUCAUGAUUGAAAAGCAGGGGGAAAAGGGGCAGGAGGGAGGGAAGGGGCCAAAAAAAAAGGGGGAAGGGAAAAAGAGAGAAAAAGAGGAAGAAGAGGAAGAGGAAAAAAGGAGAGAAAAGAGAAGAGGGAAAAGAGAAGGGAGAGAAGAGAAGAGGGGGGGAAAGGAAGGAAAGGAAGAAGAGGGAAGGGGAGGAAGGGAAAAGGAGGAAAGAGAGAAAAGGGGAGAAGGGGAGGAAGAGAAAGCAGGCGAGAAAGAAAAAGAGAAGGGAGGGAGGAGGAGAGAGGGGAGGGAGGGAAAGAAGGGAAGGGGGAAGGGGAAGAAAAGCGGAGAAGAAGAGAAAAAAGGAAGAGAAGGGGGAACCGGAAAGGAAAGGGAGAAAGGGGAAAGAGAAGAGAGGAGAAGAGGGGGGGAGGGGGGGGAAAAGAAGGGAAGAGAAAGGAAAAGGGCCAGAGAAGAAAAGAGAAAAAGAAGAGAAGGGGAAAGAGAAGAGAAGAAAAGAGAAGAGCAAAAGAAGCAAGGAAGAGAAAGAAGAGAAGAGAAUUUUUAACUACUUCCUUUCCUGUCCUCUCAUCCUAGCAUCUGUCCCUCUCCCUCUCUCCACCUCUCCCUCUCUCCUCCUCUCCCCUCUCCUCUCCCUCUCUCCUCUUCUCCUUUCCUCUCUCCUCUCCUCUCCUCUCCCAGGGUACGGCCAUGCUGCCCCCAGCACAGACUCUGGGAAGGUGUUCUGCAUGUUCUACGCCCUCCUGGGGAUCCCCCUCACCCUUGUCAUGUUCCAGAGCAUGGGAGAACGCAUCAACACCCUGGUCCGCUUCCUCCUCCACCGGACCAAGCAGUGUCUGGGCCUGCGCCACACCGAGGUGUCCAUGGCCAACAUGGUGACCAUCGGCUUCUUUUCCUGCAUGUCCACGCUGUGUGUCGGGGCGGCGGCCUUCUCCCACUACGAGGGCUGGAGCUUCUUCCACGCCUACUACUACUGUUUCAUCACCCUGACCACCAUCGGGUUCGGGGACUACGUGGCGCUGCAGAAGGAUCACGCCCUGCAGAACGACCCACGUUAUGUGGCCUUCUGCUUCGUAUACAUCCUGACUGGACUCACCGUGAUUGGAGCCUUCCUCAACCUGGUGGUGUUGAGGUUCCUGAUGAUGAACACGGAGGACGAGCGGCGGGACGCCGAGCAGAAGGCCCUCCUCUCCGCGGGGGGUAAGAGGAACGCAGACGGCGGUCCGCCUGCUGUUUCUGUCUCCAUUUCCUCCGCUACUCCCCUGGCCGCUACCGCCGGCAGCACCAAGCGAGGCCUGAAGGAUGUGUACAGCGAGGUGCUGGGCUUCCAGACAGUGUGUUCAUGUCUGUGGUACCGCAGCAGGGAGAAUCUGCAGGGAUCCAUCCCCAUGAUGAUCAACCAGGACCUGGGCUUCUCUGACCACUACAUAGAGCGCUGCACCAUGCUCUCGCCUCACUGUGACGUGCUCUCCCCUCACUGUGACGUGAUGUCCCCUCACUACUGCGAGACA